GAAGUCUUCUGGGUGUUUCCAUGGUGACAUCAGCAGGCUAACCAGAACUGACUGACACGUACUGGUUUGUUAACAAACUGUAGCAGCUCCCCAGGAAAGCUCCCCAACUGCUCUGAACGUACUACCAGGUGACAUCGCUGGAUCAAAACAACCUUUAGAUCCUGCAUACCUGAUCUCAUCAUGAACGCGUUUGACCGCAACAUCAACAUUGAUGCACUCUUCAGGUUCUCCCAAAUCUCUCACUCAACCCAGGUGCACCUAAAGAAUGUGUACUCCAGCUUGGCUGUUUGUAUGUUUGUGGCAGCCGCGGGCUCAUAUGUUCACGUUGUCACACGUCUCUUGCAGGGCGGAUUCCUCUCUGUGCUCGGCUCCCUGGCAAUGAUGUUCUGGCUCGCCAUGACCCCUCACAGCCCUGAAACAGAGAAGAAGAGACUGGGAAUCCUCGCUGCAUUUGCCUUCCUCACAGGUGUCGGCCUUGGCCCCACAAUGGACUUUGUCAUUGCUAUCAAUCCAAGCAUCAUCGUGACGGCCUUCUUGGGAACCUCAGUGAUUUUCAUCUGCUUCACUCUCAGUGCUCUCUAUGCAAAACGCAGAAGUUACCUGUUCCUGGGAGGCACACUGAUGUCUGGCCUUUCCAUUCUCUUCCUGAUGUCUCUGAUGAACCUCUUCUUCGGAUCUGUCAUGUUGUUCAAGGCCCACUUGUACCUCGGGCUGCUCGUCAUGUGCGGCUUUGUCCUCUUCGACACUCAGCUCAUCAUUGAGAAAGCAGAGAAUGGAGAUAAGGACUACGUGUGGCACUGUGUGGACCUGUUCCUGGAUUUCAUCACAAUCUUCAGAAAACUGAUGAUCAUCUUGGCCAUGAAUGAUAAGGACAAGAAGAAGGAAAAGAAGUAAAAGUGGAUGGAGAAGCAGUA